AUGAGGGAAUGCACCUCAGAGGAAGGCUCUGAUGAGGAGUGGGUGCCGGAAACCACCUCUUCCACCAAGCGGCAUAGAGUGAAGAGCAGCUCCUCAGAAGAGGACACCCCCACUCCAACUCCCAAGAGAGCGAGAUUACCAGGAAGAGUCUUCAGCUGGAAAAGAAAAGCAGGAAGCCGUGAUGGCAUCAGCUGGAGAGGAAGAGAAGGAAGCAGUGAUGGCAUCAGCUGCAGAGAAAAAGAAGGAAUCAGUGAUGGCAUCAGCUGCAGAGAAAAAGAAGGAAUCAGUGAUGGCAUCAGCUACAGAGAAAAAGAAGGAAUCAGUGAUGGCAUCAGCUGCAGAGAAAGAGAAGGAAUCAGUGAUGGCAUCAGCUACAGAGGAAGAGGCAUCAUCUGGAGAGAAACAGAAGGAAGCAGUGAUGGCAUCAGCAGUCAACCUGGGAAGUCAGCCGACCCAGCUGAAAAGAGAUGGUAUGGUAUUGACACCCCAGACAUUACGCCAAGACAGCCCAUAUUCAAACCCCGCAAUGCACCCGGACCCACGCUCAUCCGCACAGCUUCAUACACCCCCCUGGAGCUGUUCAACUUAUUUUUUACCAACUCGAUGUUAAACACAAUAAUUGAGAACACCAAUAUAAAAGGCUCCACAUGUUCUACUGCCAACCACCCCUGGUUUGACAUCACGCUGCAGGACAUGUUUUCAUUUAUGGCCAUGCUUAUUUACAUGGGAUUGCUGAAGUGCAGUCGUCUCACAGAUUACUGGCGAGGGGGGAACCUUUACAGUUUGCCGUUCCCAAAAGAGGUUAUGUCUGGGAGGAAGUUCCUGAUGAUCACCCAUGCCCUUCAUCUGAGCAGCCCGGCGAUGGAUGAAGCCAAUGACAAGAAGAAAGGCACAGCCGCCUACGACCGCCUCGGCAGAAUCAAACCACUCUACAAUGAGAUGAGGGAAUCCUGCAGGAGGAACUUCCACCCUGACCAGGACAUUUCCAUCGACGAGAGGAUGCUUUCCUCCAAAGCACGUACUGGAUUGAAGAAAUAUAUGAAAAACAAACCUGUGAAAUGGGGGUACAAGCUCUUUGUUUUGGCAGACUCAAAGAACGGCUACACAUGGGACUUUUUCGUGUAUGAAGGGAGGACCCACGGAAACUCCGGCAUGGGACUCAGUUAUGAGUCGGUGAUGGAGCUAGUGAACACACGGUUGCUGGGCACUGGCUACAAGCUGUAUGUGGAUCAUUUCUACACAAGUCCUGCCCUUUUCAAGGACCUCCUCCAGAAGAAGAUCUGGGCUUGUGGAACCAUCCACUCCAACAGAAUUGGCUUCCCGAAGACAAAAGAAAACAGCCUGAAUUCCAAAUCUCCCCGUGGCACCAUAUACUGGCUGAGGCAGGACUCCCUCGUUUUCGUCCAGUGGCGCGACACGAGGGAUGUCCACAUGUGUUCAGCACUCCACACAGCCCAUUCAGAGGACACGGUUAUCAGGAGGACGAAAGGUCGAGAUGGGCAGUGGACGGUGAAGCACGUCUCUGUGCCACCAUCUGUGAAGGACUACAACAGGAGCAUGGGUGGAGUGGACCUAUCAGAUGCCCUCAUAGGCUAUUACACGGUCCUCCACAAGACCCAGAGGUGGUACAAGACCUUUUUCUUUCACUUUAUGGACAUUGCCAUUGUAAACGCCUUCCUUCUGCACAAAGCCAUCGACAUUGGAAAAGGAAAUAAGCCGUUGAGUCAGAGGGCUUUCAGGGAGACCCUCGCCCAGCAGCUGGCUAAGGUGGGCUCUUCUUCCACAGCCAGACCCGUACCGCCUCCUUCUACUUCUUCACCCGAAGCACAUCACAAGCCAGUGUACAUCAGUGGGGACAGCACAUCCGGACGGCUAAAGUGCAAGCAUUGUCACGCAAAAACGCCACUGAAGUGCUCCUCCUGUAAUGUGGCUUUGUGCUUGGUGUCGGGGCGGGACUGCUACAAUGCCUGGCAUUCUGCCAAUAACCUAUGAGGAGGUUAGGGAGGGACAAUGUUCACUCAAGGACUUUGUAAAUAGGUUGUGUUAGUCUUUAUACUUCACUUACUGUGCCAUUACUACUGACAGUGAAUAUAUAUGAAGAGAAUAGGAUGGCCUUGAGUGUCAUCUUUCAAUAGAGCCCAAGAUGAUGCCUGUACAUUGAAGCGUUCAAAAGUUAUGGCCUUUUUAUCCAAGGUAUGUGACCAUGAUUACCAAAGGUCCUUGUGGGGUCUCCAAAUGGCACAGUUUGGAAACGCCUGGUGGUACCCUUAGAAAAAACUGUGAUGUUAUCUUUUUGUGGUUUUGUUCUGAAAUUUGAACCUGAACUUGGUA